CUUAGGAAGAUAUCGGAGGCGCUGAAGCCGACCCACUUCCGCCUAAUCAACGAUUCGCAUAAGCACGCGGGGCACUACGCUCGGGACGGCAGUGCCGCAUCGGAGGCUGAGGAGACGCAUUUCAGGCUGGAGGUGACAUCAGAGGCCUUCGGUGGGGUGCCCCUUGUAAAACGUCACCAACUGAUCUACGGUCUACUGGCGGACGAGUUCAAGGCGGGCUUGCACGCCCUGUCCAUGACCACCAAGACGCCGGCAGAGGAGAACAAGUAG